AUGCCGAGUUUGGCAAAUCCACCAAAACCUACUGAACUUUUACUCCAAUGUCUGCCAAAACAUAAUGUUUUGCUCCUAAAAAGGGCUUAAAAAGCCUACAAUCUUCUUCUGGCAAUGCUAAAGAUGACGAACAAUGGCUACGGAGAACCUGGUCUUGUUCAUAUUGACAUUCAUCAGACUAACCUAACAGAAGUUCAAGAUGAAAAGGUUGGCAUUGAGAACUUUGAACUUUUAAAAGUUCUUGGCACCGGAGCAUAUGGCAAAGUGUUUCUUGUCCGCAAGAGAGGCGGACAUUAUUCUGGUAGGCUGUUCGCAAUGAAGGUUUUAAAGAAAGCUACAAUCGUGCAGAAGGCAAAAACUGCUGAACACACAAGGACAGAACGCCAAGUGUUGGAAGCCGUGAGAAGAUGUCCCUUUCUUGUCACUCUACACUGGGCUUUUCAAACCGAAGCGAAACUCCAUUUGAUAAUGGAUUAUGUGAACGGAGGAGAACUUUUUACUCAUUUAUACCAAAGGGAGAAAUUUAGCGAAGAUGAAGUUCGUUUGUACAUUGGAGAAAUCGUCAUAGCGUUAGAACAUUUACAUCGGCUUGGAAUAAUUUAUCGGGAUAUCAAACUGGAGAAUAUUCUACUAGACUCCGAGGGACAUGCAGUUUUGACUGAUUUUGGUCUCAGUAAGGAAUUCUCAAAGCCCAAUUCGGGUGAAAGAGCCUACUCAUUCUGUGGUACAAUAGAAUACAUGGCACCAGAAGUAGUCAAAGGUGGAAGUAGGGGUCAUGAUAAUGUUGUAGACUGGUGGAGUCUUGGAGUUCUCAUGUAUGAACUGUUAACAGGUGCAUCACCUUUUACUGUUGAUGGAGAGAAAAACAACCAGUCAGAGAUAUCCAAACGAAUACUUCACAACAGUGCACCAAUGCCUCAUGAUAUUUCCAUUGAAGCCAUUGAUCUGAUUAAAAAGUUAUUACAAAAAGAUCCAAAGGCRCGUCUUGGUGCAAAAGGUGCACAUGAAAUUAAAAAGCAUGUUUUCUUUAAGAAAAUAGACUGGGAUGACUUGGCAGCAAAGAAAAUCCCAGCACCAUUCAAACCAAGAAUAACAAAUGAACUAGAUACUAGUAAUUUUUCUGAUGAGUUCACAGAACUGGCACCAUUGUAUUCUCCUGCUGCUGUACCUAAAACUGCUGACAGAGUGUUCAGGGGUUAUUCCUUUGUUGCGCCAUCAAUAAUUUUUGGCGAAAAUGAAAUUUCAUCACAAUCUAGUCAACCUGCACAAGGACUAGUCGACUAUGCUGCAAUGUUUGAAGGAUCCCAUUUCUUCCAAAACUUUAGAGUAACAAGUGAAGUUCUUGGAGAUGGUAGCUUUUCUACUUGCAGACGAUGUGUUCAUUUAAGAACUGGUUUAAAUUAUGCUGUUAAAAUUAUAAGCAGAAGAUGUGAUCCCAAAAGGGAAAUACAGUCUUUAAAGUUAUGUCAAGGUCAUCCUAAUAUUGUUACAUUGUAUGAAGUCUACCAAGAUGAUUUUCACACCUACCUAGUCCUGGAACUACUUUCUGGAGGAGAGCUUUUAGAGAAAAUCAGAAAAAAGAAAACAUUUACUGAGUCAGCUGCWAGUGUUAUAAUGGAACAGUUAGUGCGUGCUGUGGAAUAUAUGCACCAGAAGGGUGUGGUUCAUCGGGAUCUAAAGCCAGAGAAUGUGUUGUUUGUCAAUAAUUCAGAAGAGGCUGCUGUAAAACUGGUAGACUUUGGCUUUGCUUGCUUGAAACCUGAAAACCACCCAAUGAAGACACCAUGUUUUACUGURAAUUAUGCUGCGCCUGAGGUGCUAGAUCAGACCAUAGACCGCACUGGUUAUGACGAGUCAUGUGAUCUCUGGAGCUUAGGUGUCAUUUUGUACACAAUGUUAUCUGGACAAGUACCAUUCCAAAGCAGUGGUAGCUGGUAUCGAUCAUCUGCUGGCUUUGUGAUGAAGAGAAUUACGCAGGGUGAUAUACGGUUUGAAGGCCAACCAUGGCAGACAAUAUCCCCACAAGCUAAAAAUCUUAUUCAAGGUCUUUUAACUGUGGAUCCUCAACAAAGACUAACAAUUCAAGAGGUUCUACACCACAGUUGGUUGACAGGGGGGUCACAGCUCCCUCACACACCACUUAUGACACCUGGAGUGUUGGGGCGAGCCCACAAACGAACUUAUGUUGAGUCAGCAUUAAAUGUUACUUAUGAUGCAUUCAACAAAGCACAACGUCAGGGAUUUACAUUAAUGGAUGUGGAAAAUGCUCCACUCGCAAAACGAAGAAAACUUAAGAAGACAACAUCAAGUGACAGUCAUUCAACGACAAGCACUUGCAGUGAACAAAGUAACUCAGGAGGACUUUCUCCUGUACAAAACAAUAGAUGACAAUUGAUAUAUUUUUAUUGGACGGCAUGGUUUAGCCAUGUCAACUCUSUUCUCCAUGGCAGCUGAGUGCACAAACAAAGUGUUCAUCAAAUGUUAUGCAAAUUAAAUCACACAAAGCAAUUAUAAUUAUUUGAGUUUCUGUAGAAACAGAAAAAUGCAUUGUAAAAUAGUGUAUAAUUUAUUAGGUAAUUUUAACAUACUAGCUAUUUCUUCUGCUUUAUUAUAAUUAGAUGUCCCUAAUCUUUUUAAGCAAUUGACUCUCUGAUUGGCUUAGACAAGCAGUGUCGAUAAGUAUGUGCACCCAGCUUUAACUAUAGUUCAUGUCUAGUACUGAUGGCAAAUUAUAACUGCACACAGCCUGUGCAACAAACGCGGCAGCUAGUUGAUUUUUCACUUUAUCAAAAUUAUAGAUAAAAAGUCUUCCUUUGAGAAGGAUUUUCCACAAAUAUUAUAUAAAUUAUGUGCCCAUCCCAURUUUAGGAAAAUAUUCAUUUCAUCUUCAUUCUUGUGCUGCCAAAAUGAAAUUCAAUUGUAAAAAUUUUAGUWAUGUUUUAAACUGGAUUCAAUUAAUAGUAGAAAUGAGCAUGUCUGUGGUUUCAUAAUUGAUUAUUUUAUGGUAUUCUGUUGGUAGGUGGUAGUCUUAGAUGUAUAAAACUAUAUGACCACUUAAAACAGUUCUUUUUUAAAAAGKUUUGUCAUGCAAUUCUUGGUCCAGAUAAGUUUUUUUCCAAUCAGCAGUAAUUGGUGUUYUCCAUGCUGCAGUCUGAUCCUAAUGAACCUUCUCCUAGCAAAACCAGCCUAACAUCAACACACUUUCAAUAACUGCAAGUYGAGUGACAAUGCAUAAAAGAAUCUAAAAUGUUCAUUGUUUCCCAGUAGCCUUGUUGCCAAUACUCCAUUUCACAGUCCCAGUGCAUUGUUAAAAGUUAGCUGAGACAGAUGUUGAGCUUGCAAUGAUAGAUAACUGUGAACUUUUAAAGGUAUCUAUCAAUGCAAGCUCAACUCCUGUCUUGUUCUGCUGUAAAUGCUCAGCUACACUACAGUUUAUUAAACUUMUGUGCUUUUGCAGCACAUAAGUUUAAUAAACUUACACCUAUUUGAGACAUUUGUACUUCUUGGAAAUAGAGAAAAUAGGAGGGGAGGAKGGGGGUUUAGGUUGAUCUCAAUCUUUAAGAGUAAAGAAUGACUAUUCCAUAGGUAGGUGCUCUUCAGCAAAAUCUAUUCCUCAAAAAAAAUAAAAAAACAACAACAAGAAACAACAAAA